UAUUGAUCUUGGACAUGGAUACAAUCGUACAACAUGAAAUACUGGUUUUAAGGUUUAACAUGGUACUCGUAUCGUAUGUAUGUAUGUAUCUUAGUGGCAUUUAUCAUGGUAAUGGAUAUGGAUGAGUAGGGCCACGUGCGUCAUAUAAAAAAGGAUAAAGCAGAAGCCGAGCGUUUUAAGGUUUUUAGAAUGUCCGUCCAUUUUUGGAAGCAUCAGAGACAUUAUUGCCAAUGAUUUCGGAACUUUCUACUUUCUGGUUACUAAUCAUUCAAUUUCUUUACAGAACAACAACAAUUUGAUCUACUCCAACCAACCUUCCUCUCAGCUCCUCAGGGCCUAGUAUCUUAGAGCUUCAACUAUUCAAGUAAGGAAUGAAGCAUUAGUAAAUAAGUUGAUGGGCAGUAAUGAGGCGCAACAGUUAUUGCUUUCAAAUUCAAUGGAACAUUCUCAUCUCAAUGAGAAGAGUGACCUUCUUCAGAGAAGAAGACCGCGGCGUGGCGGCACUUCAGAGACAGAUAUCAAUAUGCCGCAAGAACAGAAUGGUGUCCUCCAAACCCCUUUACUACCUCAAUGUAUAGAUGAAAAACAAGAAGCAGAAUUUAAUUUCAGGCCAGUGUUUUUGUGUUUAGCAGCUUACCUAGGUACAGGUACCUUAUGUUUCUUUCUCGCAAGUUACCAAAUUCAGGGCAUAAAAACAAAUGGAUUUCUUGAUGCCCUUUAUUUCUGUGUUGUGACAAUGACUACUGUUGGAUAUGGAGAUCUUGUUCCUAAUAGCACUAUAGCAAAAUUACUUGCUUGCAUUUAUGUCUUCGCUGGUAUGGCUCUAGGUGGCUUAAUUCUUAGCAAAGCAGCCGAUUACAUUGUUGAAAAAGAAGAAAUAUUUGUUGUUAAAGCCAUGCACAAAGCUGAAAAAUUUGGUCCAGAAGAAAUUUCUAAAGAACUUGGAACUAAUAAAACCAAAUACAAGUUUGUGCUAGCAGCAUCUAUUUUUCUUGUGCUCAUGAUUGUAGGGACUGUUUUUCUGUAUUUUAUUGAAAAACUAGAUUUUGUGGAUGCACUCUAUUGUGUUUGUUCCACAGUCACUACUUUAGGUUAUGGAGAUAAGAGCUUCUCAACUGCUGCUGGUAGGACUUUUGCUGUGUUUUGGAUAUUGAGCAGCACCAUCUGCUUGGCUCAGUCUUUUGCAUAUCUUGCUGAACUUUAUACUGAAGAUAGACAAAGAUCACUUGUAAAAAUGGUUCUUGCGCGAAAAUUGUCACUCCGUGAUCUUGAGGCAGCAGAUCUUGAUGGAGACAAAGCUGUCAGUGCUGCAGAGUUCGUUGUAUACAAGUUGAAAGAAAUGGGAAAGAUCAACCAAGAAGAUAUUACAGCUGUGAUGGAGAUUUUUAGAAAACUAGACUUUGAUCAAUCAGGAACUCUGACUGAAGCUGAUAUCAGAAAUCCUGAAUUCUAAGCCAUCUUAACAUUAUAGCAGCCUUAGGAACCGUUAGAUUUAGAGAGAAAAUUUUGUCAAGCAUUUAAUGUGUCCACAAUUGUAGCAACUCUCAAAUAGGUGCCAAAGUGAGUUCAACAACACAUACAUAUUCAUUUUUCUUUCACGUUUUAGGUCUAUUGUGGAUGGUCUUAAAAUGUAAUAAACAACUAGAUUAACGAAUCUGAAUACAAAUUCGAGCUUUUAUACUUUA